AUGCACCGUGAUCAUCGGCGACUCCGUUCUGGUCCUAGUGUUAAAGAGGCGUUGAUGGGCAUUCCUACUAGCGAAGAGUCCUACGGUCUGCCAUAUCCAGAUCGCAAACAGCUCAUUACUUGGAGGCAGUCACAGCGAGCUUGUGCAGGUCGAAAUCUGAAGCUUCACCGAGAUGAAGGCUACUUGUUCUUCGAAUCGGCCGGAAGAUCGCCUUACUGGUGGCCAAAAAAUACUCACGUUUACAAUGUACUUGUGGAAUUGAUCAUAUCAGAAUACUCGAAGCACGGCUUCUGUGAAGCCGUCACCCCAAACAUGUACGCUGACUCGCUAUGGGAACCAGAUGGGAGGUGGAAGCACUAUUUGGACGAAGUUUCUAGGUUGGAAGAAGAGAGGACUGAAAUGUUGACGGCAAGCUGCUCUGGACACUGCCUCUUGUACGGCCACCAAGUGCCCUCCUACGCCGACUUGCCAAUAAAGCAUGCAGAUUUUGGCGUUCUUCAUAGGAGCGACGGAGCUUGCAGCCCUCUUCCUUUGCCAUAUCUUUACCGCUUCACAGAGGACGAUUCUCACAUAUUCUGCCGUCAGGACCAAAUCGCUCAGGAAAUCAAGGAUUGCUUCGAAUUUCUGAACGUGUUCUAUGGAAAAAUAAUGGAUUUCACUUUCGAAGUUCACAUUGCGACGCGAGCUCGAAAUUUUGCAGUCGGAGGAGAAGAAAUCUGGAAUAAAACGCAGGAAAUUCUCGAGAGUGUAGUACGAGAAACUGGAAACGCUGUGAAUGUGAAAGAAGGAGCAGCGCCGUAUUAUGGGCCACGAAUUGAAAUCACAAUUCGAGACGUCCAUGGUCGUUAUCACCUCCUUGCUCGAAUACAACUGGAUUUUGAACUUCCAGAACGAUUUGAUUUAGUAUUCACAAGCGAAGAUGGCUGCAGACUUCGCCCGAUUCUGAUACAUCGCUCAAUCGUUGGACCAGCUGAAACAUUACUUGCGAUAACAGAUUCAGAAUGUUGCGCCUACUGGCCUUUUUGGAUGUCUCCGAGCCAGGUUGUAGUGAUUCCUGUCAGCGUAGUUGCAAUCCCUUACGCACGAAUGAUCCAGCAGCAACUAACCGAAGCAAAUUUUGAGGUAGACGCCGACCUGAGUUGUAUUGGGUCUCUCAAUCGACGAAUUAAAAAUGCAAUAAUCACUAAGUGUAAUUUUAUCCUCGUUGUGGGAAAGAAUGAGGCGAUGAACGGGACAGUGAAUGUGCGAACGAGAAAUGACACGGUACUUGGCGAGUUCAGCGUCGAGGAAGUUAUCGGCCUAUUUCGGAUUUUCACAAAAGAGUUCAGCAACGAUACCCAAUGUACUGACGCGUUUGCUAAAUUAGCAGCGGAAAAACAGCGCUGCUGUUGA